AUGGCCUUUGCAGCUUCCCUGGCCAAGCUCCAAGCAGAGGCCAGCUGUCCCAUCUGCCUGGAUUACCUGAGAGACCCAGUGACCAUUGCCUGUGGGCACAACUUUUGUCCCUCCUGCAUCCACCAGCGCUGGGAAGGUCUACAGGGCACCUUUCCCUGUCCUGUCUGCCUCCACCACUGCCCUGACAGGAUCUUGUAGAGGAACACCCAUUUAUGUCACAUGAUUGAGAUUGUUAAGCAGAUCCCCACCUCAGGGAGCCAGAGGAAAUUGCAGGAAGAAAUACCCCUGUGUGGGAAGCACAAUCAGGUUCUGACCCUGUUCUGUGAGAAAAGCCUGGAGCUGCUGUGUCCCCAGUGCAGGGACCCCUUAGACCCCCAGGAUCUGCCCCUGAUCCCCAUUGAGGAAGCAGCAACUAGUCAGAGAGGGAUGCUCAAAAGGCACAUUGGGGUCCUCACUAACAGCCUUGAAAGUGAUGAAACUGUAUAUAAAAAGCAAGUUGCAAAUACUUGGGAAGUAAAGAGAAAGAUGAAAAAAUGGAGGGAGGAAUUGGACUAUGAAUGUAACGAACUUAAGUUUUUAUUGGAAAGAGAGCGAGAUGAAAUUGAUAACGAUCUGCCUAUAGAAGAGAAUGAUGUUGAAGAAAAUCUAAUUGAAAACGGAAAGCAAAUUUCAUACCAUAUGUUCAGGUUAAACAUUCUGUUAAGUGAAAUAGAAGAGAAGUGUUUGCAGACAGGCCUGGGUUUACUCACAGGCAUUGAAAGCAUCCACAACAGCUAUGGAAACAUAGAGACCCCAGCAAUGUUUUCAUAUGAAUUAAAGAGGAGUUGCUGUCUCCCCCCACACUACUUGGGCCUGCAUAAAAUGAUCCGCGUGUUUCACGUAGAUUUGACCCUGGAUCCUGAAACUGUCCAUUCAAGUCUCAUUAUCUCAAGAGAUAGAAAAAGUGUGACCUAUAGGAGACCAGAUGGUCUUCCUAAUCCCCAGGCAUGCACUUCUUCCCCGGCUGUCCUGAGUUCUGAAGGCUUUGAUGCUGGCAGGCGUUUUUGGCAGGUAGCAAUAGGAGGCACAGGUGAUUGUUUCUUAGGUGUGUGUAAAGAAUCCAUCCUCAGAAAUACUCUCAGAUCACCAUCCCCAAGCAAUGGAUGCUGGCAGUAUCAGCAGAAAACUAAUUUACUCCACAUUUUCUGUGCAGGGCAACGUAAGAUUGGCGUUUUUCUGGACUAUGAGUUGGGAGAGGUUUCAUUUUACAAUUUGAAUAGCAGGUCAUUCUUGGAUGGAUUCCGUGAUACCUUUACAGAGAAACUGAGGCCUUAUUUCUCCAUUGGACCUUCUUCAGAAUCCCUUACAAUCAGAGUGAAGUGAUGAACAACUUGGGGGGAAUUUUGUUUGCUUAUUUUCUUCCCUUUUUAUUGAAAGGAAUACUUAGCAUCAAAAUCCUGAUUCCUCUUUUGAUGUUUGAAUGUUGAAAGCGUUAUGGACUCACCCUUCUCUCCUCCCUGACCUUACACCUGGGAAAGCUAAUGAGAAAGUCCAGGUGCUCCAUCCUUGGGCGCAGGUGGGAAGUUCCAAUCAAGCAAGUUUCCAUCAGUGUCAGCAGGCUCCCAACAACAGCACCCAGUAACCAACAUGAACACCAUAAGCUAGU